AUGCUAUUUUUUAUUCUAAUAUUUUUGAUUUCAACAACAUUUUGUUCAGAAGAGGUUUGUUUAUCUAAUCAAUGAACAUGCUCUUCUCACGUUUUUACAUAAAUCGAAAAGAUAGAUAGAUAACUGGUUGACUUGCAUGUUUUUUCAAGUGGGAUUUGUUUGAUUCCUGCGAUGUUUUUAUGAAUGCUGCUACUUUUUGAUCUCUUGGGUUUUUUUGAAAAAUUGGGAGGGUGGAAACUUGAAAGAAUCUGGUGAAAAAGUUUUUUAAACUUCAUUGUGUUUAGGAAAAUUUCUAACUUUUUUUGAACUGUUUGAAAAAAUUUGUGUUUACUUUUUAUUUGAAGUUCAGAAAAGCAUACGAAUUUUCAGGUUAAACAACUUUACAUAAAAUAUUUUCUGAAAUCACUCAAGAUUUUAAAACAAAAAUUUCAAGUUUUAAAAAAUCAAGAUGGAGAGGGGGAAUUUCACUCCGGCCUUUGUUCAUUUGACAAUCCAGGAAAACUGAAACUUUCCAGCUAUCUUUCUAUCUAGUUUCCUGUUAACACAAUCUUUUUAAGUCGGUUUCAAAAUCAUAAAAGUUUUAAUUUGCAGAUUUCAUCAAACACAACAGCUAUCGAAAUUUCAAAUAGCACAGAACUAAUUCACAUUCGAGCAAAACGUCAAUUUGGUGGUUUUGGUGGCUUUGGUGGUUUCGGAGGUUUCGGCGGGUUUGGGGGAGGAGGAUGUUGUAUAAGUCCAGUAAUGUGCUGUGGAAUGCCACUGCCUAUUCCACCCCCACCAAUUCCAGUACCUGUACCAGUUCCAGCACCAGUUCCCCAGCCUGUACCAAUGCCAAUGCCAAUGCCAGUUGUGAGUUUGAUUAACCAUAAAAACCAGAAAAAAAACAUUUUUCAGCCGGUUCCUGUACCAAUUCAAAGUUGCUGUAGUUGUUGUAUGCCAGUUUGUAUUCAAACGUGUAUGAGAAGUGGUUGCGGUGGGGGAGGCGGAUAUUUUAUGGGCGGAGGUGGAGGCGGUGGAUGUUAUGGGGGAUCAUGUGGAGGGGGUUGUUAUGGAAGUUCGUGUGGCGGCGGAUGUGGCGGUUUUGGUGGAAUGUAUGGAAGAAAGAAGCGAGAAGCAUUGAUUAGAAAUAAAAAUCCGUUAGUUGUACGAGCUCGAAAACCAAUCGAUAUGGUCACGAGAGAUUGA